AUGAGCAUUUUCACGUCGCGAGAAGUUGAUCCAUUUGACACGCGAACCGGCUCUGACAGAUCGCUUCUCAGCACCACGCUUGACCGACUACGGGGUGAAACGUCAGAUCAGGCUAACAGUAUGUUUGGUCUUUUGAAAGAUACAAUCACCACUCAACUCAAUCGACGUACAUCAUCUCAAAAGUUGAAUGAUCACCCAUCAUCCCGAAGCCGGGCGAAGGAGAAAGGAAAGGGGAAGAUCAGGGAGCGAGUGUCAACACUUGAUUUGCUCUCCAAUGUUCGAACGGCAGCGCCAACUGCACCACCUCCGCCUUACUCCGUCAAUCUGCCGCCAAAAAGACCGCUGAAAAGAAACAACCUUAUUGCUGCUCGCCCAGAAGACAGGAACCUUGAUCAUGGGUUGAUUUCACCAAGGAGUAGCACGCUUGGUCGCCCAUCAAAGCCGCGAGAGAUUGAAAGUUCAACGCUAUUGACCAGUGACAACCUCAAAAGGGUUGACUAUGACGAUGGCGAAAAUACACGUUACUCAUUUCCUCCGAAGCCGAUCAUUCCACCGGCGAGGCAGAGUGGGCAACGUCAAGCAAUAGGUGUUUUGUCGAUCGAAAACUUGAACCGACAUGAAAGAGAAAUAGAGGAUAAGAUAAUCAGAGAUUCCAUCCAGCGGAAUUCCUCGGGCCGUACCACGGAAUAUCGCAUGAGAAAUGGCCUUCAUCUAAAAGAACUUACAUACGACAAUCUCAAGCACAUGGAAGAGACUAGCGACCUUCACACGACGAGAAGUUCGCCCAGAAAGCACCCAGCAAUGUUGAACGACAACUACCCGAGAGGUCCCCGGCAUCUGAGUGAUCCUUUGCCAAGAACGGUGUUUCAGAAUGCUGAUGGGAAGUACUACAGGAUCCAAGGACUACAUGAAGAUAAUGUAGCCAUUCUUGAGCGGAAAGCUCAAAGGCUGGGAGGAAGCAUAUGGCAGGCAUAUGAAAGAGGGAAAAGACUAGAAAUUGAAUUGGAACUAGAGAUGGAAUUAGAACGCGAAAAGGAGGAGUACCGGCAGAAAAGGGCGAGCAAGGAAAAGCAGAAACGUUCGAAGCUCGUGUUGGACACCGAGACCAUUCCGUAUCAUGAAGCGGGACCUAGUCGCGAUUUCUUGCCUGGUGGCCGUCAUCACGAUCGAUCUUACGCGGAAGAUCUAGAUACACAGCCAAGUGUGUCCAAGGCGAGAGCGGGUGCGACAGGAUCAUUGAGUUUUGACAGCGAUCUAGUUAUAGCAUUGAGGCUUCAGUCGACGUGGGAUAGGGAAGAUGAGGACCUCAGGGAACAACGAGAAUUCGCUCUUGCGGUUCAAAGUGGGAGCGUUGAUUUGACGAGCGCUAAUUUGAAAAGGCUUGAGGCGGUCCAUCGAGCUCGGCCGUCUCUGUUGGAGUCGAGGUCUCGCGAGGAUGCUAGACAUUCCACACAGAGGCUAUCGCUUGGUAGGUCAAAGGUGCAGUAUGCUGAUGACAUUGUACAAGCCGAGGGGAUGAAAGUGGCUGCGGUAGAACCACGAAGAAGUAGUCAAAUGGUUUUGCCGUGUGUCAGUUGUAUGGAGUUGAAAACAAAAGCUCUCACUGCUACAUUGGCAUGCAAACAUGUAUAUUGUGGAGAUUGUAUCGCAGAAGCCUUCCGCACAGCCAAAACCUCCCGCACCGAAUUCAAAUGCUGCGGCGUCUCCGUCCCCAUCCUCCACGCCCUCCCCUUCCUCCCCAAAACAAUCGUAAAAGCCUACACCGCGCUCCUCCUCGAGAAAUCCACGCCCAACCCCAAAUACUGCCACGACUGCAGCAACUUCAUCCCGCCGAAAUUCAUCAAGGGCUCCUCGUGUCUCUGUCCCGUGUGUCGCAAGCGCUCGUGCCGGAUCUGUGGCGACAAGGCCCAUCCAGGCGUCUGCGCGGACGACGAGGAGGGGAAGAAGGUCCUCGCCCUGGCGAGGAAGAAGGGAUGGAAAACGUGCACGUGUGGAUGGAUUCUGGAGAGGAAUCAGGGGUGUUUGCAUAUGACUUGUAGGUGUGGUGCGGAGUGGUGUUAUAGUUGUAUGGAGAAGUGGGGGGAUUGUAAGUCUACUUGUCGGAGGAGGGAGUGA